AUGGCGGAACAACUUAACAUGGGCGGCUUGAGCCUUGGCGAUGGCCAACAGCCUCAACGCUCGUACAUCCCGCCCCAUAUGCGAAACCGUCCUUCUGCACCCCCGCCCCCCGCUGCUGCUCCCAUGAACGGCGGUGCCCCCAACGGUGCUCCCAAUGGCCUCAGCAAUAGCUCUUGGGCUGGCAACAACACUAACUAUGCUGGUCGCCAGCAGAACAACUAUGGACCUGACGGCGGUGCCCCCCCUACUUUCCAGAGUAACCGUCGCGGCGGUUGGGGUGGCCGUGGAGGUGGUUACUCAGGUGGCCACGAUGGUCACUCUGGCGGUGGUGGCUACACAGCCCGAGGCUCUGGCGAUGGCCAGUGGCGCGAUGGAAAGCACAUUCCCGGACCGGCUAACCCCCGUCUGGAGCGUGAUCUCUUUGGCACAGCAGACGAUCCUUCCAAGCAGCAUACCGGUAUCAACUUCGAGAAGUACGACGAUAUCCCCGUUGAGGCGUCUGGCCACGAUGUCCCUGAGGCCGUGCUCCAGUUCACCACCCCCCCUCUGGACGAACACCUCUGCCGCAACAUUGAGCUGGCUCACUACAAGGUUCCCACCCCUGUCCAGAAGUACUCUAUCCCUAUCGUCAUGGGCGGACGCGAUCUCAUGGCUUGUGCUCAGACUGGUUCUGGCAAGACUGGUGGUUUCCUCUUCCCCAUACUUUCCCAGGCGUUCAUUAAUGGCCCUUCGCCCGUGCCAGCCAAUGCUGCUGGCCAGUUUGGCCGUCAGCGCAAGGCCUACCCCACCUCAUUGAUCCUUGCUCCCACCCGUGAGCUGGUUUCUCAAAUCUAUGACGAAGCCCGCAAAUUUGCCUACCGAUCCUGGGUCCGCCCCUGCGUUGUCUACGGCGGUGCCGAUAUCGGCUCCCAGCUCCGCCAGAUCGAGCGAGGUUGUGACCUCCUGGUUGCCACUCCUGGUCGUCUGGUCGACCUGAUUGAGCGAGGCCGCAUCUCCCUCUGCAACAUUAAGUAUCUUGUUCUGGAUGAGGCUGAUCGCAUGCUUGACAUGGGUUUCGAGCCCCAGAUCCGUCGCAUUGUUGAGGGUGAGGACAUGCCCCCUGUGGCUGAUCGUCAAACUCUGAUGUUCUCGGCCACCUUCCCUCGCGAUAUUCAGAUGCUUGCCAGAGAUUUCCUCAAGGACUACGUUUUCUUGUCCGUCGGUCGUGUUGGUUCCACAUCCGAGAAUAUCACCCAGAAAGUCGAGUUUGUUGAGGACAUUGACAAGCGAUCUGUCCUCCUCGACAUCCUCCACACCCACGCCGGUGGUCUGACCCUUAUCUUCGUCGAGACCAAGCGCAUGGCCGACUCGCUCUCCGACUUCCUCAUCAACCAGAGCUUCCCGGCAACCUCUAUUCACGGUGACCGUACCCAGCGCGAGCGCGAGCGUGCCCUCGAGUUCUUCCGCAAUGGUCGAUGCCCGAUCCUGGUAGCCACUGCCGUUGCUGCUCGUGGUCUUGAUAUUCCCAAUGUCACUCAUGUUAUCAACUACGAUCUGCCCACCGAUGUCGAUGACUAUGUCCACAGAAUCGGUCGUACUGGCCGUGCUGGAAACACUGGUAUUGCCACUGCUUUCUUCAACCGCGGUAACCGUGGUAUCGUCCGUGAGCUUAUGGAGCUUCUCAAGGAAGCCAACCAGGAGGUUCCCCCCUUCUUGGAGGCCAUUGCUCGUGAGUCAUCCUUUGGCGGCGGCGGCCGAGGCGGCCGAUCUCGUGGUGGUGGUGGUGGUGGUGGCCGUGGCUCGGCUAAUCGCGAUUUCCGCAAGUUUGGCGGAGGUGGCGGCGGCGGCGGCGGCUUCGGCGGCAACAGCGGUGGUGGUUUCGGUGGCCCCCAGCAGAGCUCUGGUUACGGCAGCGGCUUCGGUGGUCCUCAGGGCGGCUAUGGAGGUGGCGGUGGUUACAGCGGCGGCGGCGGCAGCUACGGAAACCCUGGCGGCCCUGGUGCUCAGUCCUGGUGGUAG